UUUUUUUUUUUACAAAACAAACAAAAAUAUCAAAUACAUUCCCAAAAUUGCAAAAUUUCGUAAAAUUUAAUAUACGGCACAAUCAUCAAAGAAAUUCAUUCUGUCCAAAUUUCCCACAUCAAGCUCUUACUACAUACAGUGACGACAACGGGCAAAUUUUGUCGAACUUUUAAACGUCUCUACUCAAAACUCUAUGAAAAUUACAAAUUUAAUAAUUUUCAUAAAUUCGUUGGUUGAAGCAUUUAAUUUAAUAUUCUACAUUAAAUUAAUAAUUCCUUUUAUUAAAUGCUCCUUGAACAAAUGUCGACAUACGCUUGCUCAUUAGUUGAUACAUCAAAGUCCUUAAAACAGAAAAGUGUCAUUAACGUCCAGAAAUCCCUAAAGACACUUCAUUAUGCUACGGCUUAUAGAUUUGAUGAAGUAAUAAGAGCGUACGAUCGACUAGUAGAUUAAUAAAAGAGUCGCUAUUCGUAUUGCCAAAUAUAAAUCACUGUUUAUGCGAUGCGAAGAGAAGACCUCUGCAACCUUCUUUACUAAGGUCACAGUUAGGUAAAACCGAUUUACAUAUUAGAAUAGAUUGUAUUAUUUGAUAUAGAUUAAACCCCUUAUUAUCCUAUCAUUUCAUUUUAAACUUUUUCUGGAAAAAUUAAAAAAAUUAGGAGGGUUUAGA